GCGCCGAAGGACAGUUCGUCGGCGGAUACAUGGCGUCCGGCUCGUCCUCGCCGUCCUUCCUGUCUCCAGCACGUACGGCGACGGGAUUGACCUGCCCGGACCCCCCAUCCGCUGCCCCACCCCAUCCCAAUUCAAAUUUGAAUCUCCACCGAUCCCAUCCUCUUCCUCUAUCCUCCGCCGGCCGGCUGACCUCGCCCCUCGCCGCAUCUGGAAGAUUCAAGCCGUCCAGGGACGCUAAUACAUGAUGAUUGACGGACAAUCGGAGGGGUUCACCGACCUGCUCAUCAGAUUAUCUGGGCCAGGGAUCGAGUUUACGCCUGAUUGGUUUCCGAGCUUUCCGAUCCAUUCUUCCGAGACAAGCGCCCGAACCUCUCCGUCCAGCUUGGGUUCUGACCUGAGCGAGGGAUCCUCUGUUCCAGAGGACGCCGGUUUCGGGGAGGACGGAGUCUGCAGCAACGAGCCAAUCCCCGAUGCCGUCGAGUCCCCUCCCUCACCAGAAUGGUUGGGGUCAUUGCCAGAGUUGCAUAAUGAAUCACCGUUGCCGGCUGAUACUCAUAUGCCGACCUCAACCGAGUCCCCUCCAUCAGAGCGCACCUGGAAGCAGAGGUUCCGCCGUGGAGAAAUUCCCGAUUCCAGGCCCGCGAGUUCAGGGAGGAAGAGUGCACUAGAGAAAGCUAUGAGGAGAUGCAGGGACAAGCACUCGGACGCUAUAAUUGAACCAGAGUUAGGGAUGGAGUUUGAUUCGCUGCCUGAAGCAUUUGAUUUUUACAACAUUUACUCAUGGGAGAUUGGGAGUGGUUACUAUGAUUAUUUUGAUAGUGUUCGAGGAUACCUUUCGACACCAAGGUAAGCAUCCGGGUCAUGUACAAAAUCAAACGAAAUAGUAGCGGUGUGCGAUUGUAUCUCGGGUAGGGACUCUUUAAGAUUGUGUGAGGAUACCUUGACAACAACGAUGUGCGCGGAUAUCAAGCGUCGGAUCACAUUGUUAUUGCGGAGAUCUUGGUUACUUUCGUCGCACGUAAAGAUA